AUGCGUGAACGAAAGUCGCUGCCAUCAUGGCUGGUCUCCGCUAUCCCAGCACCACUUCUUGAGAAGACGCCAAAGACGGCCAAGAGCCAUCACGAUGCCGCUCAGGACUAUCUCACUGGUGUACGAGGAUGUCUGGCCAUCAUGAGCUUCCUCUGGGUGUUCAUGCAAACUUUUGCACCUGGAGCGACGUACGGCUCCUCCGACACUGUCAGUCCAUCGUGGCAAGCGGCCUUGCGGAAGUCGCUCUCAGUACUGUUCUGGAACGGAUCCCUGAUAUACUCGUCGAUCAUAUUCCUAUCAGCAAGAACAGUAUGUCUGCCUUUCUUGCUGAAUCCGACAAAAUUGCAACUAGCAAGCUCCGUCUUCCGCCGUGGACUGCGGCUAUGGUUUCCUACCGCUGCAGCUCUCGUCGUCUGCUACAUCGCUUUCAGCAACUCGAGUCCUCAGUACUUGGCAGACUUUGCAGCCACGACUGGUACAGCAGCUGUGAAUAACGGCACCAUGGUGGACAGCCUAUAUAUCAUGCCCACUUCGAUCGUCAACUUCAAUAGCAUCUUCGAGAUUUUCUGGGUGUCGCACAACUUUUCGUAUCAAGCCGGUAACUGGGCCUUCCCGACUCAAACUCUCUGGGUGAUCACCGCAAUUUUCCAGCAAUCAUAUACGGUCUUUGCCGUAAUGGUCAUUAUACCGUUCACUCGCAAGAGCUGGCGGCUGUCGGGCGCUACAUUUUUCAUCCUGACUGCAUGGUGGGUGUAUUCGUGGGCGUGGUUUUCGAUCUCAGGCCUUUUGCUGGCAGAUAUGAUAGUCAGCAUGGACUUCAAGGCCAAAUUCCUGGCGAACCGUAUCUGGACUGUUUCAGUUGGACUCCUCUGCAUGGCAGCCGGCUUCGCUAUGGAAUUCAUCUGGGCGACCAUUCGUCCGGAGCUACGCAAUGCCGAGAUCAAGUACCAUACCGGUCUGUACAGUACUGGUGGUAUCAACACCACGGUCGAUGCUACUGCUCCACAGCUAAGAGCUGACAAUUACCUCGUCAUCGUUGGCUUCUUUGUGCUGCUGGAGUCAACGCAUUUCCUGCAGAAAGCUUUCGCUAAUCCGGUAUUCACCUUCCUUGGUCGAAGAUCGCUCAGCUACUUCCUCCUGCAAUCGAUCAUAGUAUACACACUAGGCAUCAGAGUGGCAAUGGAGAUCAUGAAUGGCUCGAUCGAGACGUAUUCGAGGGCGAGUGGCGUGGCAUUCAUCGCUUCCUUACUCGUGACGGUCGUAGCUGGAGAGGUCUUCUACUGGCUUCUCGAUGUGCCAUCACAGCAAUUCGCGCGCUUGGCGUUUGCAUGGAUAUUAGAAUGA